CAUUUUCAAUUAAAAUUUUUUCCAUUCUGUUCAUGGAAAGAGAGGGAUGAUCAUGGGACGGUUAAAAAUUAGUUGUGAUGAUCAGAAAGAAAAAGGACAAGGGUUCCAACCUUCAACAACGGUUAAGCAUAUGGGUACGAUGCUCCAACAUUCGGACUCUGAAGCAAAUUCAUGGCUCAAUGGUAGUCAGCGGCUUCAACUCCAACCCCUCUGCACUAAGAGAGCUUAUCUUCACCUGUGCGAUAGGUAUAUCAGACGCUAUGGAUUAUGCAAACCAGCUGUUCAGACAAAUUACGCAACCGGAUACGUUCAUGUGGAAUACAAUGCUAAGGGGCUCAGCUCAAAGCUCUAAUCCUUCAAAUGCCAUUUCCCUCUAUACCCAGAUGGAAGUUAGGCAUGUACGACCGGAUAACUUUACCUUUCCGUUUCUUCUGAAGGCCUGCACUAAGCUUUCUUGGGUUAAAAUGGGAAAUGAAGUUCAUGGAAAGAUCGUAAAAUUUGGGUUCGAAUCGAAUACCUUUGUUAGGAACAGUCUCAUUAACUUUCACGCCAACUGUGGGGAUUUAACGGUUGCUAGAGCUAUAUUCGAUGGAUCGCCAAAACGAGAUGUGGUUGCUUGGUCUGCUUUGACGGCUGGUUAUGCCAGACGAGGCGACUUAGGAAUGGCCCGCCAGCUGUUCGAUGACAUGCCAAUGAAAGAUUUAGUGUCUUGGAAUGUAAUGAUCACUGGCUAUGUAAAAUGUGGGGACAUGGGAAACGCGAGGAAACUUUUCGACGAAGUUCCUGAGAGAGAUGUGGUGACAUGGAAUGCGAUGAUUGCAGGUUAUGUGCUUUGUGGGUCUUGUGACAAGGCCUUGGAGAUGUUUGAAGAGAUGAGAUGUGUGGGAGAACGGCCAGAUGAAGUGACCAUGUUGAGCCUCUUAUCUGCCUGUGCGGACUCUGGGGCACUGGAUGUUGGCCAGAAGGUUCAUUCCUCGCUUUCAGAGAUGGGUUUGGAAUCUUCGAAAAUAGUUCUUGGGAAUGCACUUAUAGACAUGUACGCCAAGUGCGGGAGCAUUGAGAAGGCGCUGGAGGUGUUCAGAAGAAUGAGAGAGAAGGAUGUCUCUUCAUGGAAUUCGAUAAUUGGAGGUUUAGCCUUUCAUGGGCAUGCCGAGGAAACAAUCAAACUAUUCAAUGAAAUGCGGAGAGAGAAAAUCAAGCCAAACGAGAUCACAUUUGUGGCUGUGUUUGUUGCCUGUAGUCAUGGGGGGAUGGUUGAAGAGGGCCGUCAAUAUUUCAAUCUUAUGAGAAAUGAGUAUGGAAUUGAGCCUAACAUUAAGCAUUAUGGGUGUAUGGUGGACCUUCUAGGACGUGCUGGGUUGCUGAAUGAAGCCUUCAGAUUUGUAGAGGCAAUGGAGAUUGAACCCAAUGCCAUCGUUUGGAGGACUCUGCUUGGGGCCUGUAUGACCCAUGGGAAUGUUGAAUUGGGGAAGCAGGCGAACGAGCGACUACUUGCAAUGAGACGGGAUCAGAGUGGGGACUAUGUGUUGCUAUCAAACAUAUUUGCCUCAAUGGGCGAGUGGGAUGGUGUGGAGAAGGUGAGGAAAUUAAUGGAUGAUAGUGGAGUGAAAAAAGAACCUGGUUGUAGCUUAAUUGAGGCUGAUAACAAAGAGCUCAUGCAUUUCUUAUUUGAAUCCAAACCUAACUUGAAGUCGAAAGACAAUGUAAUAUGAGUUUCCGUGGGGAUGAGAUGUGAUCAAUGCGAUCUUGCAAUGUUAAGUUGAGACUGUAUAGCAGCAUAUAGACUUCCUUUGAAGAUACAAUAAUGCUGCAUUUU